AAACUUGUUAGUAAUAGGAAAAACAUAGAUUGGAGAAUUCUUGGUGUGAAGCCAUUGCAUCAAAAUCCACAGCUUCAGCCACCCCAAUACGAAACACAGAAAUGGGUCCUUUUAUAACAGAUGUUCCAAAGUCUGUCCUUCAAGAUGUUAUAUUAAAGCUGCCAACAAAGAGCAUUAUCUUGUGCAAAAGCGUCUGCAAGACUUGGUAUUCUCUAAUUUCGGACCCUGCAUUUGCUAGGCUGCAUUUCGCACAAGCAGAGGCCUAUCCUUUGGUCCGGCCCGUGGAUGGAAGAAGCGUGUCAAGAAACCUUUUCUUGGUUGAGCCUGAAGAUACCUUUGGUUUUGAUUUGAAGGACCAUGAUUGUAACCGGUCUCGUGUCCACAUGAAUCUUUCCAAAUAUAAAUUCCCAUUGUGUCAUGCUGAGGAGUUACUCAAUUACCAUAGGAAUGGCAAUGUGAUGCCUAGUCAUGAAACUGAAAGAGAGGUUCACAUGAAGAUAACGAAUAUUGAUGACAACAACAACGAGGUGGAUUGGGGUGAAGGUAUCGCUUUCAUGAUGCAAUAUGAUCACAACAACUACAACUUGGUAAAUUCUUGUAACGGUUUGCUCUGCCUGUCUGAUUUUUUCGUGAAUUACCCUGCUGCUGUGUGCAAUCCAAUAACCGGCGAAUUUAUAAACCUUCCCUAUGGUCCUAAACAUGAGAAGGCAAUGACUUUAAUCGGUAGUGGAUUAGGUUUCAGUCCGAGGACUAACGAAUAUAAGGUGGUGAGAAUUCUUAAGGAACGGACACCUGAUCCCAAGGUUGCUGAGAUACACACCCUGGGAACAGGUUCAUGGAAAUCUGUUGGCACUGCUCCCUUUUCAGACGCUGAGCUAUCAUUCCCCACUUGUGUGAAAGGAAUGCUUUAUUGGUUUUGCGAUAGGUGGACAGGUUGUAGUGUGAUUUCAUUUGACUUGGAUACUGAAGAGUUCCAAUCGGUUCCAUCACUGCCUUUUAUGGAGGAUGAUUGUGAUGUGGGCAUGGGAGAUUUGGGAGGUAGUCUUUGUCUGUGUGAAACUGAGAGUUUUGAAAUCAAUGUGUGGGUAAUGAAUGAUUCUGGUCCACAAAAACUUUGGAUGAAGAAGUUAUCAAUUCGUACUGGUUUUUCUGGAAGGUGGCCAGAUGACGUAUACAUACCCAUGAAAUACUUUGAGAAUGAUGGUCUGUUGAUGUUUAAUUCUCGUCUCAAUGCCUUCUUUUACUAUCACCCAGGAAACCAUAGUCCAUUCAUUUAUCUUAAGCUUCGAGAGAUCAAUAAAUCUUCUUCUGAGGCAAUUAGUCAUGUUCCGAGCUUUAUUUCGUUGAAGGAUAUUCUGGUGGGGAAGGAUGUAGAAAUACUGAAUAUAAAUUCAAGGUGUGCAGUGUUGAAGCUGCCCGGAGAGACCGAAGCCCUAUCUCUGGUGGAAGAAAAUGCCAGUUCGAGAUACUCUUCUGACAGUUGGGAAGAAUGAACAAGCACAUAAUGGUGGAUGGGAUGCAGUCUAAGACUGAGCUAAAAGACCAUUUCGUUACCCUAAUUAAUAUUUUUAGAGUUGGACACCAGAACCUUAAUUCGCAUUUAACUUGGUGUUUUGUUGAUGUUACUUUGAAUAGUUUUGGAUUAGAGGUUAAACUACUUGUCGUGUUUGUGGAGGUACAUUGCUAAUUACAGGCUUUACU